UCUCGGCACGCUCGAAUUCGAAGUUCGUUCGUGGCGGUCGCGCGCUCAGCGGUCGGUCGGUCAGUCAGUCAGUCGCACGCGGCACACGAAAGCCUCGAGAAGUCGAGGGAGGUUCGAAAACACGCGAGAAAAACCAGAGCGAACGAGACGGAAGCGAGACUCGACAGGGUGAAGGGAAGGAACGGGAAACGAGACAGGGCGAAGAAUACGAAUAUAUACAAACGGGAUCGUGCGUCGCGCGUUUCCUUCGCGCGAAGAGACUGGAGCCGCUUUAGCGUACGAGUCGAUCUCUCCUCUCAAUUCGAGAGAUCGACUGGGCCACCCCUCGAGGCAGCUUCCGAGGCAUCAACCACCUGGAAGACACCGAGUGGCAACUGUCAAAAGUGAGAUACUACGGGGAAACGCCGGGAAGGACGAGAUGGUGUACGGAGGAGGGUUCGAUAUGGUGGAAACGGUAAGAGACGAAACUUGAACGUAGUCGAAUCCACAGCUAAUUGUCAAAGAAAUUUUUCAUCACAGAUGCCACAAACGGUGCCUUCUGCAGCCGGCUAUUCGCCGUCGUUCGAUUACAGCACAUUCCAGUUCGAUUUAUCCCUUCUUUCGGACGAUUAUGUCACCGCGAGCGCCCAGAAUACCUUGAAACCGACGCAAAUCAAACAGGAAGCUCAAUCGCCGCGUCCUAGCUCGCCCAUUACUUACUCGAGUCCGCCGUAUCCCGGCGCGGGCGGUGAAUUGCCACUGUCCCCCAAUUAUUCGCACGAGGGUUCGCCAGGAUAUCCGACCAGUCCCUACUACGUACCCAGGAGCCCUCAGAGCGCGCAAUUUUAUCCCACCAGCCCGGAACCGUCCGCGAAACAACCGGUCAAAAGGGAGAAGAGUCUCGACUUGCUGGCCAUCUUGCAGGAAUCCAGACUGCUGGCCGAGAGUCUGGGGUACAGGGAGGAUUCGACCGAUUGCACAGUGCCGUGCACGCCGCCCAGAACGGAGGAGGACAUUUACAACAGCCUUGACGCGGAUUUCUUCGCUAAGAAAGAAGAUGCCGGAGUGCAAGGACACCCGUUGCUGAAGGAAAUCCUCUUCAAAGAAGAGCCUCGGUCCAAUUGCAGCAGCAGCAGCAGCAGCGUCAGCAGCAAUUCCUCUUCGUUGUCGUCUUCUUCAUCAACGACAUCCUCCUCCCCCGAUCCGAUAGAGCUCGAGAACAGUUCGCCGCUGAGGAGCUUGCUCUUCAAGGGCGCUCGAAAGGAUUUCGCGGACGUCGCGAGAACAAAUGUCCUGAAACUCGAGAGAAUACAGGACGAGGUUAGCAAUCCUCUGCAGAAGGAGGAGGAGCUUUUCAAGGACGGCCAAAAGAGCGAUCAUCAGUUGCUGAGGGAGGUUCUGAGGGACACCAGCUUUCAAAGGAAGUACAAUCUGAGACCCGUGGAUCUUGGUAGCGUCGGGACCGGGUUCGUGGAAGACAUGGAACCCGGUGAGUGCGUCGGGGACCUGACCAGAGAACAGAUCGAGCCCGUCCUCAGUCUGGCUAUCCAGCAGCUGCAGAAAGACUUUGAUAAUACCUGCGUGGCGCUGGGAAUCCAUCCAGAACCGCGACGCUGGAGCGCGGCGGACGUAGCAGCUUGGAUACAAUGGGCCAGGAGGCAAUUGCAGUUGCCCUCGGUGCCAUUGGAGAGCUUCAACGUGGACGGCGCUACGUUGACUUCGCUCACGGAGGAAGAAUUCUGUCAGAGAGCACCUCAGUGCGGAAGCAUGCUGCACGCACAGCUGGAAAUUUGGAAAGCAGCGGUCGAGGAAUCCCCGCGAAACACUCUGGCGGCUUCCUGGAGUCCUGCAGGUGUUGUGCAAACACCCAACAACAACAACAACAACAACAACAACAACAACAACAACACAACAGGAACAACGUCUAUUGCAAACACAACCACCGUUACUGUCAAAGGUUCUCCUUGCAACGUGGAUUUCUCCGAUGACGAAGACGAGGAGUGCGGUUCCUCUCAAACGGGAACGAGCAACGGGAACGGCAACAACGGCGGUAAAAUGCGAAACGGCGGCUCCCACAUACACCUAUGGCAGUUCCUGAAGGAGCUGCUGCAGAGCCCGGGGAUCCACGGGUCCUGCAUACGCUGGCUGGAUCGCGGCAAAGGCGUGUUCAAGAUCGAGGACUCGGUCCGCGUGGCCAAGCUCUGGGGCAAAAGGAAAAACCGUCCGGCCAUGAACUACGACAAACUGAGCCGCAGCAUCAGGCAAUACUACAAGAAGGGUAUCAUGAAGAAGACGGAACGUAGCCAGAGGCUCGUCUAUCAGUUCUGCCAUCCAUAUUGCCUUUAAACGGAUCAGAACCGUUGAAAGUCUCGCGCGCGGAUGAUCGUCGACGGCGUUACCCCGGGACGAGAACAAACGACUUUGAGGAUAUUUUAUUUAUUGCUGACGCGCGUACGUGUCGAAGCUGAGCUUCAACAAUUUAUUCGAGUAUUUAUUGAAACGCAUAACGGUGUCGGGGUAACGUCGACGGGCGUCUCUUUCGAUUCCUUUUAUAACGUGUGCGCGUACGCCGAGCGCCGGUGACAGGUUGUCCCGGAGAUCGUGUCGAAAUAAUCUUAAGGUGCCUGAUGCUUUAUCGAGAAGCGGACACGAGUGCAAAGGGUUAACACCUUUCCAUCGAUUCCGGGCCCAAGGUUGUCACCCGAUUACCUUGGGCCCGGCUGUUCGUCGAAGGGAGUUGCGACGAAGGGCUUCCGACUCUUUCUGCGUGCGGAAUUUCUUUUUUCUUGUUUUUUUUUUUCUCUUCUUUUUCCAUAUACUUGUCGCGUGUGUGCGUGCCGUGCGUGAUUGUCUUGCGCGUGUGCGUCUCUGGUGUGCCUGAUUAAAGGAGAAUCAGUACGGAGGUCGAAGGUAAACGAUCCACCGUGUCCGGCAUUAUCCUUCGGGGAUAACGCCGUGCCACGGCUGGGUACCAUUUAGUACGCCCGUUUUGGGC